CGAUCAUCUCCUUAAAGACAAUGAUAUGUUUGCUGUGUCUGUGUAUGCAGAACAAUGUUAUUUUGUUGGAAGUGUGUAUGUGACAUAUUUUUGCAUUGCUCCCCUGAGCUCUGAUUGCAUAGUUCGAGAUGUUUCUGCCCUAAAAAUAGAGCUGGCUUUUCCCUACAAUGUCAAAUGUAACUUGAUUCCAUAAGUUGUCACAGCACGUCAGUUGCUGGCCGACCAGCUGAGUUCCUCUCACUCUGUCCCACAUUGCCUGAUGGAGUCUGUGGGAGCGCUGGACAGCCCCAUUGGGGCCAGCUUUAACCUCCUGAGUUUGCCAGCAACCUUCCCCUGGGAUGAGGAUGAGGAGUCACUGGGUCUCGAAGGGAUCAAGCCCAAAACUUCGCCCAUACCUAGACGACGGAGUUCAGUGUCCUCUGAUGACUCCCUGCCUCCCCCUUCAAGCAGCCGAAGAGUGUCCUUUGCUGAUGCCUUCGGUUUGAGUCUCGUCUCAGUGAAACAGUUUGACGCUCAGGGAGUAACUGCACCAUCAGGCCCUCUGGAGAGUGACUUGAAUGAAGAUAAGGAGUAUUACAUUCUUCCUCUCUUCACUCUUCCGCAGACCGCAGAGGAGCUAGACCUGCGGGUUCACGAGCAGAAGCUGGAACUGAAAAGUUUGGAGCUGCUUUCUGGGACUUCAACCCUAAGAGGAAUCGUUCGCGUGCUAGAUGUGUGUUUUGAUAAGAUGGUCUAUGUACGGACUUCUUUAGAUUCAUGGAGAAGUCAUUUUGAUCUGUUGGCAGAGUACGUACCUGGGUCACACAAAAGUGGGUCGGAUUGUUUCUCCUUUAAGAUCACACUGGUACCCCCAUUCGGAGAAGAGGGUGCGAGGGUUGACUUCUGUUUGCGAUAUGACACAUCUUUAGGUACUUUUUGGGCAAACAAUAAUGAAAAGAACUACUCUCUGUUUUGUUGUGAAAAAAUAAAGGAGAAACCUCAAAAUGUGUGUGAAAACAGAAGAAAAAGCUGUCUAAAAACAACCAGGUGAGGGGUCUCCAACACAUCUGUCAUAGCAAAGAAUGUCAAAUGAAAUAUUUCAAAAAUAUUGAAC